AUGAAAUUUCUCUUCCUCCUUUCUGCAUUAUUAUUCUUGACAAUUAAUCAAGGUUAUUCAAAACGAGUAAUAUGCUAUUAUACAAAUUGGUCUGCUUAUCGGCCAGGCGAUGGAAAAUUUUCUAUUAACGAUAUUGAUCCAAAUUUAUGUACGCAUAUUAUAUAUUCGUUUGCACGUGUUCAAGGAAAUGGUUUAGCAUCAACUGAAGGAAGCGAUCCUGAAAUGUAUAAACAAAUCAUGGCCUUAAAACAGCAAAAUCCUGAUUUAAAAAUUUCGCUUGCAGUCGGUGGUUGGAAUCAUGGAUCGGCACCAUUUACACAAAUGGUUGCAACAGAACAAUCACGAGCAGAAUUUGUUGAAAAUUCAUAUAAAUUUCUUAAAGAAUAUGGAUUCGAUGGUCUUGAUCUUGAUUGGGAAUAUCCAGCUGAUCGUGGUAGUCCUCCUGAAGAUCGAGGACGUUUCACAGAAUUAGCUAAGCAAUUAAGUGCAAAAUAUCAACAAGAAGGUCUUUUAUUAUCAGCUGCAACACCAGCUGCACCUUCAAAAUACGAUGGUAGCUAUGAACCUGAAGUUUGCAAAUAUCUCGAUUUUGUUAAUAUUAUGGCAUAUGAUUAUAGCGGCCCAUGGGAUAGAGUUGCUGGACAUAACAGUCCAUUAACAAGUCAAAAACAGACAGUUGAACAUAUGAUAAAAAAACCAGAUUGUACACCUGACAAGUUAAAUUUAGGCAUGGGUGCUUAUGGACGAACUAAUAAUCUUGCCAAUCCGUCAGUCAGUAAUAUUGGUGCUCCUACUACUGGCGUGGGUGCUGCAGCUGGUAAAUAUACAGGAGAAAGUGGUUUUUUGAGUUAUUAUGAAGUAUGUGAAAAACUCAAGGAAGGAUGGCAAAAAGAAUGGUCAACCGAACAUCAAGUACCCUAUGCUCAUUCGGGUUCCAGUUGGGUUGGUUAUGAUGACAAAGAGAGUAUUGCUCUUAAGGCUGAAUAUGUCAAUGAAAUGGAAUUAGGUGGAGCUAUGUUCUGGGCGAUGGAUUUAGAUGAUUUCCGUGGUGAUAAAUGCGAUGAAGGAAAAUUUCCAUUAAUCAAUACAGCAAAAGAGAUUGUCAAUGGAAAAGAAUCAUCAACAAGACCAAGUACAACACGCACUACACCUACGACUACUGGCAAAGCUACUCAUCAAUCAGCAACUGCAAAAUUGUAUUGUUUAGAUUCGAAACAAAAGCAAACUUAUGCUAAUGUCUCAAACAAUUGUCAAAGUUAUUAUGAAUGUUUAACAACACCUAGCGGCCAACAAAUAACUAUAUCACGAACAUGUCCUUCUCCGCUCAUCUAUUCCGAAGAUAAAAACAAAUGUGUCAAAGAAAAAGAAUUACAGGAUUCGCCUAUUAAAUGUUCAACAAAAUUUCGAGCUCCGGCAUCAUCAGUAUCGUCAACUAAUUGUUGGGAUCCAUCCUCGGUCGUAGUUGACUCAAUGUGCCGUUUCUUUACAGAUUGCUCAACUAAAAGUCGUUAUGAAUGUCCGCCCGGUUCAUUAUUUUCAUCAAGUUUAAAACGAUGUGUACCAAAACAAAAUGUUCAAUGUUGGUAG